UUUAUUUAAUAAAGAGUUGAAGGUCAGAGGUUGUAUCGGAAUAUUGCUCCAACAAUUAAAUAUAACUCUAAAAAGAACUUAACAUUGAGCUACACCCAUCUUAAACUCAUACAUUCAAGUCACUUUUGUUACUUUAUGAGACCGUAAGUCAUGAAGUCGAUUCUCAAUGGUCGAUCAUACUAAAGACGCCUACAUUACUUACAGUCCGAUUAUUCAGUAACAGGUUUUGCUAUAAUAAAAGAAAAAGGCGCUCUAUCACGACAAAAGUAACACUGCCCUUUUCGAAUACGCCAUAUUAUAACAUAUUGCUAAUAAAUACAGUUCAUAACGUACGGAGGUCACACUUUAUUAUGAUUGAUUUCCAUUUACGUACUUAAAGUAAAACACGAGGAUCCUUCGAACAAUAACAGAUAAAACGUGUCUAUAAAGAUUACGCAUUGUAACCCUAUCCCUCCAUAGACAAGGUAUCCAUAGCAACAUCCCGCCUGUGAGCCCGCGGUAGGCAUGCAUAUACUGUACCGGUGCAAGAACAAAUGGGAGCCUCACUACGCAUGCGCGCCAAAUUCCAUAAAAGCCCUGCCACCCUCUCAAUCGCCAACAGUUCGCCACUCACCUUCGUGAAGCGACCUAUACGCGCCUAAACCAACAACCAAGCUCGAAAUACGGAAAAGUUUCAAAUAAUAACAUCUGUUAUCAUUUGCUAUUACAACCAAUUUGGAUAAAGUAUCCUUGUGUUUGAAUACUAACGGAAGUGAAAUUGUCGACCCUAUGAAAAAUAAGCUGGGAAUCAACUUUUUGACGAGUGAGAAGUUCGUCGGCGAUCUGCCGGUGAACGAAGCUGAACAGCAGAGGACGCCGAAGAGCAAGUCUCGCCGUGAGUCUGUAACUCCGAAGAUUGUGGUUUGCCCACCAAUUGAGGAGAUGUCGGAACCUAUCUCAGCUCCGCGCGGAGGACGGCUGCUGAAAGCUAUCAGCAGUCGCCUGUCUCGCCGGGCCACCGACUCUGACUCCGUGGGCAGCUCCAGCAGCAACGAUAGUGUCUCUGGUGGUGAAAAUGGACGUGCUGAUGACCGGUCUUCGUGCUCGGUCAGCGAAUCUGGAAGCGACGGCUCCGAGCGUCAACGUCGGCACCGAUCUACUGUGUCUCUUCGCCGUGUGUUCCAAAGCCUAAACCUGACGUCACGCUCUCAAUCGUGUUCGCCAACUGAUCGCUCGCGACAGCCCAAAAAGCAAACGCAACCGAAAAGGAUUCUUCGCCAGCCAGUAACAUACACCUAUGUGCGUGGACUCUCCGGCCUACCGACACAGCGAGUACCGCGGCACACAGUGUGCUGCGCAUCCUUAGGCCUCAACCGAUAAACAUAGUAAACAUUCGGACCGGACACGGGUGGAGAUCAAGACUGGUUAAGUUUUAUGAGUAGAAUAAAAGCGCUAGAGAGACAAGUUCUUAUCAUAUCAGUAGAUAAUUGCUACAACCAGGGCGAGCAGCCGAUGUAACGAUGUCUUCAUAGAGGACCAAGACAGGGCACCGCGGGAGCGACGUCUCGAACUCACUCCGAGGUUUCCUCCGCGGCCCUUAAUGCACGUUGAGCUGUGACUCGUUUAGUUCUAGUUAAGGGACAAUAUAUAAGACUGUGUACUGAAUUGCAGCUAGUUGUCGGUCUGAACAUUACUAGUUGACACUUUUUCUAAUAUCUACACUGGAUAUUAUCAUGAUUUAUAUGCAAGUGCACCCUAGAAUACCAAUCUUAAAUUCUGUUAGAUAAAAAUUUCGAUCGAAUCACAAUUUAUUAAGUAAUUGUUUAAUCGCCAUAUAACAUGCAUGCAUUUAUAAAUCAUUUAAAUAAUAAUGUUUCUAGUUUCAGUAAGUAAUAUUUGUACCGGAGUGGUCUAAUGAAGUAUUGUAAUGUAAAUUCUUGUAAUUUUUGUUUGAUCAAGCAUAGUGCCUUUCCACCUUUGGAAACUAAGUAGAUCUAGUUAUAAUGUAUACUAUUACUCUAAGAACUGUGUACCUAAAUACUAUCAAGGUAUGGUGUGCCGUUCGGGAUGUGAGUUCCUUACAGCGCGCCAAACCACACUUCAUAGCGUAUGUAAAUUUACUUAUUCAUCACUUGAAAAUGUUUCGAAUUUGUACCUAUACAUAUACAUAAGUAGUUAGACUAUUUGUCUAUGAAUUAAUAUUGAUCAGUAAACUAAUCAGUUGAUAUUGCUGUACACUAAGUAGUUAGUUAAAAUAUUAAAUCAAUUAGAUGUAAGUAAUUUUUAUUGUCAACUAACAUGAGUUUUCGUAUUUAAUAAAAACCUAUGAGAAAUAUUUCUUGAUUUUCAAUUCUAUUGAUACCCUUGCCCUAAACACACACACUUCAUACCACAUUAUAUACCAAAGAAAGGAAGAGGUAGUCAAAAUACAAUCCGAGUUAAUACACCUACAAAACAAGCUAUCACAGCUUAAAAUACCUUAAGAUA